AUCUAACGUGGCAGUCUCCAGGACAACGUUUAAGUGGAACUCUUCUCGCGCUGCUGACGUAGAAGAAUCGGGAUGGUCUCGUGCGUCUAACCGAGCCGGAAGCGGGUUUAUCUGUUGUUGCGCGCGCGCGCGGUUCAUUUCCCGAUGGACGGAUGAACUUGUGGAGAACCUUAACGCGUCUCGGAGGAGGAGGAGGAGGAGGGCAGGAGGACAGAAAGGACACGGGAUGCGUGUUGAUGAGGAGGAUGCACGCUUUCGGAGGAAAUCCGUGAAGCGCGUGCCAUGCGACAGUCUUACGUUUUUGCGCCGCGCGCGCUUUGGAGAUGCGAUUUUGGAAAGAGAGAAGACGCGCGCGCGCGCCGGAACACACGCCUUGUUCUCCGGAAAGCCUUUUCUUCACGCGCGCGCGCUCAUGUCAAUUAGGAUGAAGAAGAAGGAUGAAACGCGCGCGUGCGUCAUGAUGAUGAUGAUGAUGAUGAUGGUGGCUAAAUAAACCAUUUCUUAACCAGUCGAACCCCAGCCCAGAGAAGGCCUGCGUGUUGCCAUAGCGAUGAUUGCAACUGGGGGCGUGAUCACGGGCCUGGCAGCCCUGAAGAGGCAGGACUCCGCCCGCUCCCAGCAUCACCUGCCCAUCCAGUCCCCUGUCCCUCCUCCUGAGAAGAAACGUCUGAAAAGGAAACCUCGCACGGAUAUCGUUGUGGUACGUGGAAAAAUCCGCCUGUAUUCCGCCUCUGGUUUCUUUCUAGUCCUUGGAGUUCUGAUUUUGAUGGUUGGUAUCGCUAUGGCUGUACUGGGGUACUGGCCUCACGAGGACCACCAGAGGACACCCGAGAGCAACCACUCGGGGAACGAUACCCGGGCAGCGGCGGCGCAGGAGCGGGCGGGAAAGAUGGCGAAGUUCUUUGAGCAGCACUUGCACUCAGAGAAAAUGAAGAUGCUCGGUCCAUUUACGAUGGGCAUUGGGAUCUUCAUCUUCAUCUGCGCAAACGCUAUCUUACAUGAGAACAGGGACCGAGAAACAAAGAUCAUUCACAUGAGGGACAUGUACUCAACGGUCAUAGACAUCCACAGCCUGAGAUUACAAGAGCAGAAGUGUAUGAAUGGGGCCUACGUGGGUCCCUACGCUGACCACGAGAUCCACUGUUUCGGUCAAGACGGUCAGUACACCUCGCGGCUAGCCGCUAACACGCUGCUGACGUUCUCUGGAUUGGGCGGUGAUGUACGACUGUCCCGCCGCACAAGCUCAGCCGAAGAUGAGGAAGGUCUAAUGAGCGAAGGAGGCUCGAGCUCAUUGUCGCCUGGAUAUAGAGAACGUUCCGGAUCGAUAUUCGGGUUCCGGCCUGAAGGACUGCGUCACUGGGAAGACAAACGUAACGUUCUGAAGAAGUGCCAGACGCGCUCCAUCGUAUCAUCGUCCAUCAGCGCCUUCACGCUUCCCGUGAUCAAACUCAACAACUGCGUGAUUGAUGAGCCUGACAUUGACGACAUAACCGAGGACUCUGAGCAGCUACGAGACAGAUCAAUACCUUCAUCCAUGGAGUCCUUAACCGUACCUAUGCCAGAUAUCUCAAAAGCCUUCAAGCCUCCCAGUACAGCGUUGCUCCGAAGUAACUCUGCUACAGGAUCUGCAUCUGCUUCACCAUCCUCCCUGUCCCCUGGAGCCACCAGUGGCCGAUUCCUGUCUCCCGGAGCAGCCCGGAAAGACUUUGGCUCAAACAAUUCUAUCCACAUGCUCUCGGCUCAUUCCAAGUCUCUGGACCUGGAACGAGGUCCGACCACACUGAGUGUACAACCGGAACAGCGCAAGCACCCCAGCUGGCCCAGGCUCGAUCGCAGCAACAGCAAAGGCUACACCAAACUGGAGAAUAAAGAAGACCCGAUGGACAGGCUGCUGGUGCCCCCAGUGGCCAUUAAGCGGGAUUACACCAAAAAAGAGAAAUUGCUCAUGAUCUCGAGGUCGCACAACAAUCUGAGUUUCGAGCAUGAUGAGUUUAUGAGCAGCACUCUGAAAAGAGGGACAUCCGAGACCAGAUUUUAAGGGACGUUCCGUGUUCCGUACACACCCUCAUCCCUCUGCAAUAGACGUUUUGUUGUUUUGCCAUUGUUGAAGUGGUUGUGAAUUUCAGAAACACAAGUCCCAUGGACUGCAAGCUCAGGUGGAUAUUCUGAUAGACAGAGCAAAAAAACAAAGCGUGAGGAUUUUUAACCCCAGAAACAAAAACUCACUGUAAAUAGACUGUGAUGUAAUAGCGGUGUCAUUUGUUACAUUUGCGAAAUACGUUUUAGUACAUUUCUGUAUUUGAUAACCGUUGAUACAGGACCUAUUGUUAUUUGUGUGUAGUGUGUGUGCAUUGUUGUAACAGAGAUGGACAAUUAUUUUGCUAUAAGGUUUUAAAUAAGUUAUUGUUCAAAAAAAGAAAAACAUACACGGCUAUUUUUGAACCUGAGUCUUCAGUGUAUUAUUUAUCUGUUUCUCAGAAUAAAAGUUUUCACACAA